GGUCCUGAGCCGCGGCGCCUCGCACUUCUGACUCGAGUCCCCGCCGCCUCGCGCCAUGGAGCCGGCCGCGGGCAGCGAGCGCCGCAGCCCCCCGGGCCCCGCGGUCCCAGCGCCGCCCCGGGGCCACGAGCCCUCGGCCGCCGCCCCCGGCCCGGGCCCGCAGAACUACCCGGCGCGAGAGCCGCCCAAGCCCGACGAGGAGCGGCAGCUGCGGAUCAGCGAGAGCGGCCAAUUCAGCGACGGGCUGGAGGAUCGAGGCUUACUAGAAAGCAGCACUCGACUCAAACCUCACGAAGCCCAGAACUACCGAAAGAAGGCGUUGUGGGUCUCCUGGUUCUCCAUUAUUGUCACCCUGGCCCUGGCGGUGGCUGCCUUUACUGUCUCCGUUAUGAGGUACAGCGCCUCUGCUUUUGGGUUUGCAUUUGAUGCCAUCCUUGACGUCCUGUCAUCGGCGAUUGUCCUGUGGCGUUACAGCAAUGCUGCCGCUGUACACUCUGCCCAUAGGGAGUACAUAGCCUGUGUCAUCUUGGGGGUGAUCUUCCUUCUGUCAUCCAUAUGCAUAGUGGUCAAAGCCAUCCAUGACCUCUCAACUAGGCUGCUCCCAGAAGUGGAUGACUUCCUAUUCAGCGUCUCCAUUUUAAGUGGGAUCCUUUGCAGCAUCUUGGCUGUGUUGAAGUUUAUGCUGGGGAAGGUUCUGACCAGCAGAGCACUCAUAACAGAUGGCCUUUGCACAGUGACCUGCAGAGUCCUCCCUGUACCCAUCGCCCCUCCCCAACCCCAGUUUGCCGUCAGGACUCCUCUCCUGCAAAAUGCUUCUGGAUAGACUAUCCCCAUCUCUCCCCCUGAGUGAUGUGAUCCCUAAGCAUCCCAGUUACAUGGUGGCAUUGCCUAUGGACUUGACCAGCGUCUCUGUGAGACCCAAAGCUACCUGAGGAUGGGAAUUCGUCCCUUGACAUCUUCCCUGCCUCCCAGCACAGUCCAGAGGGAACUCCAGCUGACAACCAUUCACCCAGUGGAUGGGUGAAUCAACAACAGCAGGCAAAAAAGAAGCCUUUGGAUUUCUGCGAACUGCAGAGCUCUGCACAAGUCUGGGCCAAGGAACUAGAGUGAA